AUGGUCUCUUUAUUAUCUAAAAAAAAGAAAUUGGUAGCCGACGGUGUCUUCUUUGCUGAAUUAAACGAAUUUUUCACCAGAGAAUUGGCUGCCGAAGGUUAUUCUGGCGUUGAAGUUAGAAUCACCCCAACAAAAACUGAAAUCAUUAUCAGAGCCAUCAGAACACAAGAAAUUUUAGGUGAAAAUGGUCGUAGAAUCCAUGAAUUAACCUCCUUGGUCCAGAAAAGAUUCAAAUUUGCUCCAAACACCCUUGUUCUCUACGCAGAAAGAAUUCAAGAACGUGGUUUAAGUGCCACUGCUCAAGCUGAAUCUCUUAAAUUCAAAUUAUUAAAUGGUUUGGCCAUUAGAAGAGCUGCUUACGGUGUUGUCAGAUACGUCAUGGAAAGUGGUGCCAAAGGUGUUGAAGUUGUAAUCUCCGGUAAAUUAAGAGCUGCCAGAGCAAAAUCAAUGAAAUUCGCUGAUGGUUUCAUGAUCCACUCUGGUCAACCUUCAAAAGACUUUAUUGACACUGCUACCAGACACGUCUUGAUGAGACAAGGUGUUUUAGGUAUCAAAGUUAAAAUCAUGGUUGAUCCUUCAAAGAGAAGAUUCGGUCCAAACUCUUUACCUGAUUAUGUCAAUGUCAUUCCUCCAAAAGAAGAUGAAGAAACUCCUGCUCCAUACGUCAAAAAUCACAAAGAAGUUCCUGUUCAAGAAUUUCCUGAAGAAAUUGAAGAACAAGCUGAGACCCCCAUUGAGGCUCCUGUUGAAACUCCUGUUGAAACUCAAACUGCCUAA